GUUAGCUUAGCAGAGUAGAAGACUGAAGAGAGGAAAAUGGAAGAGCUGAAAUCAGCAUUGGAAGCUCACAUGGACCAGAUGGCGGAUCUGGUCCAGAAACUCUCAUCGGAGCUCCGAUCCGGACUCCGACCCGCCAUUGAUAAUUUCAUCGGUUUUUUCCACGCCAUUGACUGGACGGAACCUUGGUUAAUGGGUUUAAUAGGAUUCCAUUUGAUGUUGCUGAUACUAACAGUCGUUUCAAGGAAACAUAUUAACUUCCAGAUGUCUUUUUUCCUUUUAGCUUUGGCUGGUGUAUACCUAUCAGAGAGGCUUAACAGAGUCUUGGGUGACAACUGGAGGAGCUUUGCAAGCCAGAAUUACUUUGAUCCACAUGGACUUUUUCUUUCAGUACUCUGGUCUGGGCCUCUUCUUAUCAUUGCAACCAUUAUUCUGAUAAACACUCUCUUUUCCUUGUGUUACAUGAUUGUUCGUUGGAAAAGGGCUGAGCUAAGACAUCGUGCUAGGCUGGCUCGUGAAAGCAACAAGCAGGAUUGAUCUUCUCCUGCCUGGUGCUCUGUGAGAGAGAUUGAAGAGCCACUUCUUCCCUUGAGGCAGUUUUGGGGUUAAAGAGCCAAUUUUUUUUUUUCUUUUCAGUUUUUAAUGGUAUAAAAUAUCACUUGGGAUGUGCAAUCCUGCCUUAUGCACUACUUCAUUUUACGUCCAGUGGAUCAUUUAGUUAAAAAUACUCCAAUUACACCUCUUGUGAUA